GCCGCCGCCGCCGCCGCCGCCCACUCCAGCCCGGGGCCUGGGGCCGGCCCUGCCACGGUCGCCAGGGCCACCGCCAGAGGCAGGGCCGGGCCGGGCCGCGCCCGCAGUUUCACUUUGGCGCGUGGAGCCUCUGACUGCACCCGGCCGACCCUCCGCGUCCCCGCGUCUCCGCGCCCGUGUUCCCGCCCUCGGCCUCCCGUGGGGCUGCAGGGGAGCAGCCGUGGGUCCCGGCCCCGGAGGCACGCGCCAGACAGCGUCGUAUCCGCCUCAGGUCCCCCGACUGAGAGGCUGCGCCCGGGGGGCAGGCACCUGUUCGGCCCGGCCCCGCGCGGGAGCCCGGGGCCAGGAUGAAAGUGACAGUGUGCUUCGGGAGGACCGGCAUCGUGGUGCCCUGCAAGGACGGCCAGCUGCGCGUCAGCGAGCUCACCCAGCAGGCGCUGCAGCGGUACCUGAAGACCCGGGACCAGGAUCCUGGAUACUGGGUGAAGAUUCAUCACUUGGAAUACACAGAUGGAGGAAUCCUGGAUCCGGAUGAUGUCUUAGCAGAUGUCGUUGAAGAUAAAGAUAAGCUGAUUGCUGUGUUUGACGAACAAGAGCCACUCCAAAAGAUUGAGAGCCCCAGUGGAAACCCUGUGGAUCGGCAGAGCCCGGAUGCUUUCGACACAGAAGUGGCUGCCCAACUGGCUGCGUUUAAGCCGAUCGGCGGGGAAAUUGUAGUAACCCCUUCUGCUCUGAAGUUAGGCACUCCGCUGCUGGUUAGGAGAAGCAGUGACCCAGCACCAGGGCCCCAUGCUGAUGCCCAGCCAAGCACUGCAAGCCCCAGUGGCCAGAGCUUGAAACCUGUUGUUCUGGAUUCUGCCCAGAACUUGGAAAACAGAGACAUUAUGAAUGGUGAACAGACAGGGCUACUUAUGCUGCACAAAACGAAGAAUGAACUGAGUGAUAUGACGAGAGCUGUGGAGAUUUCUGGGGAAGGAGAUCCCCUGGGAAUACAUGUGGUGCCCUUCUUUUCAUCCCUGAGUGGCAGGAUCCUAGGACUCUUCAUCCGAGGCAUCGAAGAAAACAGCAGGUGCAAGCAGGAGGGACUAUUUCAGGAAAACGAAUGCAUUGUAAAAAUCAACAACGUGGAACUCCUGGACAAAACUUUUGCUCAGGCCCAAGAUGUCUUCCGUCAGGCAAUGAAAUCUCCCAGUGUGGUCCUCCAUGUGCUUCUGCCUCAAAAUCGUGAACAAUAUGAAAAAUCAGUCAUUGGACAACUGAACAUUUUUGGCAACAAUGACAGUGCUUCAAGAACAAAGGCACCACCUCCCGCCCGUGGGAAAGCAGGGCUAAAGGCAGUAAAUCCAACAAGAGCAAACAGCCCUGAAGGAGAGGAGUCGCCUUCCCCGCAGCAAAGCAAGAGCCCCCGAGUUCCAAGAUUAGGACGAAAACCUUCCUCUCCCUCACUCUCCCCUCUCAUGGGGUUUGGCAGCAAGAAAAAUGCAAAAAAAAUUAAGAUUGACCUUAAGAAAGGCCCCGAAGGACUUGGUUUCACUGUGGUAACUAGAGAUUCUUCUAUACAUGGUCCUGGUCCCAUUUUUGUAAAAAAUAUCCUACCAAAGGGAGCAGCAGUAAAGGAUGGCCGCCUACAAUCAGGAGACAGAAUUUUAGAGGUAAAUGGCAGAGAUGUCACAGGAAGAACCCAGGAAGAACUUGUGGCCAUGCUGAGGAGCACUAAGCAGGGAGAGACGGUAUCACUGGUCAUUGCCCGCCAAGAAGGGAGCUUCCUGCCCCGAGAGCUGAAAGGAGAACCUGAUUGCUAUGCACUCUCCCUGGAAUCAAGCGAGCAGCUCACCUUGGAGAUCCCUGAAUGAUUCGGCUCCGCUGGCCUUGGAGUUAGCCUGAAAGGGAAUAAAUCUCGAGAAACUGGGACUGACUUGGGGAUUUUUAUCAAAUCCAUCAUCCAUGGAGGUGCUGCUUUCAAGGAUGGCCGUCUCCGAAUGAAUGACCAACUGAUUGCUGUUAAUGGGGAAACUCUUCUGGGAAAGUCCAACCAUGAAGCCAUGGAAACACUGAGGAGAUCCAUGUCCAUGGAAGGAAACAUCCGGGGCAUGAUCCAGUUAGUGAUUCUGAGGAGACUGGAGAGACCACUGGAGGAGAUUUCAGAAUGUGGAGCACUUUCCAGACCAUGCUUUGAGAACUGUCAAGAAGCUCUGAGCGCCUCCAGGCGAAAUGAUAGUAGUUUAUUAUAUCCGUGUGGCACCUAUAGUCCACAAGAUAAAAGGAAAGACCUAUUGCUUCCCAGUGAUGGGUGGGCCGAGAAUGAAGUACCGCCGUCCCCGCCACCACAUCCCAGUCUGGAAUGGGGCCUUGAAGACUUCAGUCACAGCUCUAGAGUGGAUUCCACAGGAUAUUUUCCAGAUCAACAUGUCAAUUUCAGAAUUGUGACACCAGCUGGGCAGCCCGAAUCAAUUAACCUGAAAGCCUCCAAGAGCAUGGACCUUGUGCCAGACGAAAGCAAAGUCCAGUCACUGGCUGAUCGCAGGUCAGACUCUCCAGGCAAAGAUUUUGGUCCAACCUUGGGUCUGAAAAAGUCCAGUUCCUUGGAGAGCCUGCAGACCGCUGUGGCUGAAGUCAGGAAGAAUGACCUGCCCUUCCACAGACCCAGACCACACAUGGUGCGAGGCCGCGGCUGCAAUGAGAGCUUCCGAGCAGCCAUUGACAAAUCUUACGACGGGCCAGAAGAGGCAGAAGCCGAUGGUCUGUCUGAUAAGAGCUCUCGCUUGGGCCACACAGCUCUGAAUUGUGAGUCUGCCCCUCAGGGAAACCCUGAGCUAGACGAUGUGGAAAAUAAAGCCAAGAACGUCAAAAAAACAAAAGAGAAGGAGAAGAAAAAAGGAAAGGGCAAGAUGAAAGUCAAGGAAAAAAAGCAGAAGGAGGAACAUGAGGACACAGAGAGGAAAAUGAAGAGGAAGGGCUUCGGCGCCAUGCUGAGAUUCGGAAAGAAGAAAGAUGAUAAAGUUGGGAAAACGGAACAGAAAGGUACACAGAAGUCGGGGCACCCGGGAGAAGAAGAUCUGGGAAGAAUGAAGGAAGAAAGGGAGAGGAUUGGAGCAAAACAUCAGGAGCUAAGAGAAAAGCAGGCGAGAGGCCUUGUUGAUUAUGCCACUGUAGCGACUGGACCAGUGCACGAUAUAGACGACGAUGAAAUGGACCCCAAUUAUGCCAGAGUGAACCACUUUCGGGAACCAUGCGCAUCAGCAAAUGUCUUUAGAUCUCCAUCUCCUCCUCGAUCUGGAAUACUUGGUUACCCUAGGGAUGGACGCCCACUGUCUCCAGACCACUUAGAGGGUCUCUAUGCCAAGGUCAACAAGCCAUAUCAUCCACCAGCCCUAGCUGACAGUGGACGACCCAUGGCAGGAACCACUGACCGCAUCCAAAAGCUUCGGAAGGAGUACUACCAGGCUCGGAGAGAAGGGUUCCUUUUGUAUGAAGACGAAGAUGGAAUAACAAGGCCGUCUGACUAUGACCUGCACUGGGUGCCUGGAAAGGGUCCAGACGGGAGCACACACAACCUCCGCUUUGAGGGGAUGGAGCGGCAGUAUGCAUCCUUACCCAGGGGAAGCUCAGCAGAUCCCGUGGACUACCUGACAGCUUCACCCCGAGGGCGCUACAAUGAAAGAGAGCUUCCGUACUACCCAGGGCCUCAUCCUGUACAUUCCCCAAGAGGGAGCUAUCCCCGACCCCCGGAUCUGAGGGUGACCGAUCUACGAUACCCACAGUACUACCCGCCCCCACCAGCCCAUCAGCACAAAGGACCCUUCAGACAAGAUGUUCCUCCGUCACCACCUCAGCACCAGAGAGUACCAGUCUACCAGGAGAUGGGCAGGGCAGGGCCCCGAGGGGGCAGCCCUGACCAAUACCCCUAUCGUAACCAGGAUCCCAGGCAGAAGAAUCCCAUGACUGCAGCAGUAUAGCUGAGCAUCCCAGAGAUCUGCCAAGCAAGGAAGAUAUCCAGCAUCAUCUUUGCCGUUGCUAGAACCUAAGGCCUUCUCCGGGCUAAGGUGUCCCACGGUACAGCGUGGCUCUUGCUUCUUGAGGGUGCAUGGCCUAACUGCAUCAGAGGAGAAAAAAGGGACAAGGGUGUGGGGAUAUGGAUUCAAAAA